AUGCUGUGGUACGACUACGACUGUUGGAACUGCAUGCUGUGGCACGACUACGACUGUUGGAACUGCAUGCUGUGGCACGACUACGACUGUUGGAACUGCAUGCUGUGGCACGACUACGACUGUUGGAACUGCAUGCUGUGGCACGACUACGACUGUUGGAACUGCAUGCUGUGGCACGACUACGACUGUUGGAACUGCAUGCUGUGGCACGACUACGACUGUUGGAACUGCAUGCUGUGGCACGACUACGACUGUUGGAACUGCAUGCUGUGGCACGACUACGACUGUUGGAACUGCACCUUGCUGCCUGCGGCUGGAGCGAGGAUAAGGUGA